AUGGCAAGUGGGGGAAGCACAAGGAUAUACCACUUGAAAGCACAUAGAGAACUGCGAAUAGUAACAAUAGAAAAGUACACUAAAAUUGAUGAGGAAGAGGAUUGUGUGAAAAUUUGUUUACUGCCAAGUGGUAGUUCGGGAGGAUACAAAAAUGAGCACAGUACUAGCAGUAGUAGUGGUAACCUGACAAGCACAGCAGAAAUAUUCGGAAGGGAACUAAUCAUUGAUAAGGAAUACAAAUUUGGUUAUAAUAAAAAAUUUUCCAUUUAUACCUUUACAGGAUGCACAAUUCAAAUAAAAGGACGAACAUUACAAGAGUAUGAAAGCAGCAACAAUACGAUUGAAGAAUAUUUAUCACUAUGCUAUAUUUUGGAUGCUUAUAGAAAGUUGGCAAAAAAAAAAAAAAAAAUUGGCCCAAGGAUUUUAAUUACGGGGAAUAAUAAUUCUGGGAAAAGUUCUGUUUCAAUGCUACUUUUAAAUUAUGCAUUAAAGUCUGGAUUCAAACCUAUUUUUAUCGAAGCCGAUACGAAAUGUUCAUGUGAUAAAAUCGAAUUAAAUAGAGGUCCUGGUAUCAUGAGUUCUUUUGUGUAUGAUCCUAUGAACAAAAUGAAAUGUGCAAUAGACUACUACUUUGGCUAUCUAGAUUUAAAUGAUGAUAUUAAUUUGUAUUACCACUUAAAUGAAUGCAUAAGUAGCUGUGUUCAUUUAAUGCUCCUUAAUAAUUUAAAUUCUGUCACAUCUACUUCCAAAACAGAUGCUGAAUAUGAAGAAAUAUACGCUGCUGGAUUCAUUUUGAACGUUCCCUCGGAGGCAGAUCACCAUGUCAUUAACAACUUGAUUGAUAUAUAUGCCAUAAACAUUGUCAUAGUUAUUGACAAUGCUUUUCUUCACUAUUCUUUGAAGGAUUACUAUCGAGCACAGCCCAAACGGCAUACUUUGCCACGAGACCGAAACCGGGAUUAUGACCAGAAAUACGGCCAAAAAUAUGACCAAAAGUAUGAUCAAAAGUAUGACCAAAAGUAUGACCAAAAGUAUGAACGAGAUUCCUAUCGAGAAUAUGAUGGCCACCUCCUCGGACGCACAUCAGAUCGGGGUCUCUCUGUCGAUGCACAGGAAGCAAAUGGAUUGUUCAACAGAAAGAGCAUGGAUUUCUUAAGGACAAUUAAUAAUGGUUCCAUGGAAGGAAGAAUUGUGAAUGAUAAGACAAACGAGAUGGCAACUAGGAAGACAGAAAUGAAAACAACCAUUACAGAUGAGAUAAAUAUGGAAAGCAAAGAAAAGGAAGAUAACAAAAAAAGGGAGGUCGAAAUUGUAGGUAUGCCAAAAUAUGAAGGAGUUAUUCCAUCAGAUAACAAUAGGUUACGUUAUUGUAAGAAUUUAUGGUUUUAUGAAUAUUUUUCAAAAGAUAUAAACAUCCCAAAUAAUUCAUAUAGAAAAAGCCAUGUAAUAACAUUUAAAUAUAGUUCCACAAAUUUUAUUAAAUUGGACACCAAUUUAACUGUACCCUUGUCUGCCUUACCUGCAGAUGCAAGGAAUAUUCAAAGGGAAAAUGUAACCGUUAGUUUGUAUAAUGGAAAUAUAAACAAUUUGAUUCACUGUAUUUUGGGAGCUUCUUAUUCAAAAGACAUUCACUACGUGCACCUUAUGAACAUAGCUGCGUUUGUUCAUGUGCAAAGUGUCUCCCCCAUCGAAACGGAAAAAUUCGAUACAGUAGUAGGAAAAAUGGAAAAUGAAAAAAAUGACGAUUCUACCCCGUGUAAUGGUAACAAACAGGAUGAUUAUUUUAUAGAAAUUUUGUGUCCUCAAUCUUUGACCACGAAAAACAUCCCACCGUACUUUGUUAUCCCUGGGAACAUAAAGCAGAUGAAGUUUUAG